AUGGUGCAGUUGUUGAGGGGUCAAAGUGCAUCAAGUUUGAAAAUGGAUUACGUCCUGAGAUCAAGCAAGAAUCUCAGUGAGAGGAAGAGGAAGAAUCAGUAUCGUGGGAAAUCGUAUAGUGCUCUAGCUGACAGAGGGAAGCAGGUGGUUUCAGAUGAGAAAAGGCUAAGUGGGGGAGAGACUCCCGCUUCUAUCAAGUGUUUCAAGUAUGGCGAGUUGGACCACCGUGAUAAUGAGUGCAAGAAUAAAGUUCUAAGGUGCUUCAAAUGUGGAAAGACAGAUCACUCUAUUGUAGAUUGCAAGAGUGAUGGGCCGACUUGUUAUAACUGCAAUGAACAGGGUCACAUCAGUACUAAUUGUCAAAAACCAAAUAAGGUUUCAGUAUGGAGGGAAAGUUUUGCUUUAACUAGGUCAGAGACUACUAGCUCAUAUAGAUUGAUUUGA